AUGCAGAAUUUUAUAUACUUGACGCUGCUUUUGUUAGUCGCCAGCAGUGGCAGCAACAAGCAGCUUAAACUGCAGCUGCUGCGGAAUAUUCCGCUGCCCAAAGCGCAGCAAUUCGAUUUCUUCGGCGGCUACAAACCCGCAGCCAAUGAAAUCAACUAUGUGGUGGCUUUAAACUUUAGAAGCGGCAGCUCGAGUUGGUUCUGCGCUGGAACACUCAUUGCACAUCGCUGGCUGCUUACAGUGGCGUCCUGCACAAGUGGAGCGGCGCAGGUGAAAAUUAGCUUGGGAGCCUCGAAUCGCAGGCGCAUGCAAAGUGUGCUGCGAGUUUCGAGCAAAUGCUUCUUUGCACACGCAGCAUACAAUGGAUAUUAUGAGAAUGACAUAGCGCUCAUACAGAUACCCUAUGUUGAGUAUACGCCGCGUGUGCAGGCUGCAAUAUUGCCGCAGGCCAGCGGCGACUACAGUCAGGUGCGUGCGCUUACAGCGGGUUGGGGUGAGCACAAGGGCAGCUCGUUGCACAAUUUAGAGCUGCGUGUGGUGCAGUUGCGUACGUUGCACAAUGCGCACUGCAAAGGCUAUGGCAAGCACUUUACGCCGGACAUGAUCUGUGCCCAGUUGCCCAACAAGGAGCACAGUUGUCACCUGGACUCGGGCAGUCCUUUAGUGUUGCGCCGUCAGCCUUUGCUCAUUGGCAUCGCUUCGUUUGGCACGCAGCUUGGCUGCAAGUCCAACGCUCCGCUGGGCUAUACUCGCAUCACGGCUUAUGUGUCAUGGAUAAACAAUACAAUGCAAGCUAAUGAGAAUUUGUAAGGGCUGAGCAGGUCCCAACUGGCUGAACCGAUAUAAAUAUUUAAGUUGCAUUCAAAGUUCUCUGAACCGACGCAUUAUUUUGCUUUCAGUUAUAAUUUUUUUAAUAAAAAGUCGU